CCAGAGGAAAGAAAUCAGUCAACAAAACAAAGCCAGAAAAUCAGUCCACAAAAACAAAGCCAGAAGAAGGGAAAAUCAGUUCACAAACAAAGCCAGAAAUCAGUCACAAACAAAGCCAGACAAUCAGCUCACAAACAACAAAAAAAGCCAGGAAAUCAGUCACAAACAAAGCCAGAAUAUCAGUCAACAAAACAAAGCCAGAAACAUCGCGACCACCUCAGUCACAAAACAGAAAGCCAGGAAAUCAGGCAACAAACAAAGCCAGGAAAUCAUUCACAAAACAAAGCCAGAAAAAUCAGUCACAAAAANAAUCAGGCACAAACAAAGCAAAAUCAGUCACAAACAAGCCGAGAGCAUCAGUCAAAACAAAGCCAAGAAAUCAGGUCACAAACAAAGCCAGAAACAGUCACAAACAAAAGCCAGAAAUCAGUGCACAAGGUAAGCAAAGCCAGAAAUCAGUCACAAAAAAGCCAGAAAAUUCAGUCCCCAAAACAAAGCCAGAAAUCAUCACAAACAAAAGUCACAAACAAGCCAGAAAGUCAGUCACAACAAGCCAGAAAUCAGGCCAACAAACAAAGUGCAGAAGUCCAGUCACACAAGCAGAAAUCAGUCACAACAAACCAGAAUCAGAGUCACAAAACAAAGCCAGAAAUCCUCACAAACAAGCCGAAAUCAGUCACCAAACAAAGCCAGGCAAUCAGUCAACAAAACACAAGCCAGAAAUCAGUCACAAACAAAGCCAGAACAUCAGUCCAGCAAACAAAGCCAGAAAUCAGCUCACAACAAAGCCAGAAUCAGAACUCAAAACAAAGCCAGGAAAUCAGUCACAAAACAAAGCCAGAAAUCAGUCACAAACAAGAGCAGAAAAUCAAGGGCCAAACAAAGCAGAAAAUCAGUCAGCAACAGCCAGAAAUCAGUCACAAAACAAAGCCAGAAUCAGGCCAACAAAGCCAGAAAUCAGUCACAAACAAAGUCAGAAAUCAGUCACAAACAAAGUCGAAAUCAGUCACAAACAAAGCCAGAAAUCAGUCUCACAAACAAAGCCAGAAAUCAGUCACAAACAAAGCCAGAAAUCAGUCCAAACAAAGCCAGAAAUCAAAUCAGUCCAAACUCAAAGCCAGAAAUCAGUUCCAUCACAAAAGCAUAGCAGAAAUCAGCUCACAAACAAACCAAGAAAUCAGUCGACAAACAACCGCACACAAAUCAAUGGCACACCACACACAAAGGAAAUCGAGUCACAAACUACAGCCGAACUCAGUUCACAUACAAGAAAAGCCAGAAAUCAGUCACAACAAGAGCCCAGAAAUCCAGCUCACAGCACCUCAACAAAGCCAGAAAUCAGUCACAAACAAAGCCAGAAAUCAUUCACAAACAAAGCCAGAAAUCAGUCACAACACAAAGCCAGAAAUCAGUCACAAACAAAACCAGAAAUCAGCCACAAACAAAGCCAGAAAUCAGUCACAAACAAAGCCAGAAAAUCAGGCACAAACAAAGCCAGAAGUCAGUCACAAACAAAAGCCAGAAAUCAGUCCACAAACAAAACCAGAAAUCCAGUCACAACAAGCCAGAAAUCAGUCCACAAACGAAAGCAGAACACAUGCAGAUCUAAGUCAACGAAAUAGAAUCAAACAAAGCAGAAAUCAGUCACAAACAAGCCAGAAAUCAGUGAUCAACAGAGCCAGAAAGCAGAUGGCUCUAUAUCACACUCAACAAGCCAGAAAUGCACACUCAACAAAACAUAAGCCAGAAUCAGUCACAAACAAAGCAGAAAUUCAGUCACAAACAAAAGAGAAUCAGUCACAAACAAAGCCAGAAAUCAGUCACAAACAAAGCCAGAAAUCAGUACAACAGAGAGCCAGAAAAUCAUCACAACAAAAAAAUCAAGUAUCACGAAACAGAGAGCAGAAAAUCAGUCACAAACAAAGCCAGAAAUAUACACAAAUCAAAGCCAGAAAAUCAGUCACAAAACAAAGCCAGAAAUUCAGUCACAAACAAAGUCAGAAUGCAGUCAAAACAAGAGCCAGAAAAUCAGAUCACAAACAAAGCCAGAGAAAUAUCAAUGCACAACAACGCCAGAACAGUUCACAAACAAAGACAGAAAUCAGUCACAACACCAAAGCAAAGGAAUCAGUCUCAGCAAAAAACCAGAAAAUCCAGUCACACAUAAGCCAGAAGUCAGUCACAAACAAAGCCAGAAAUCAGCCGCACAAACAAGCCAGAAAUCAGAUCCGCACAAACAAAGCUCGAGAGUCAGUCACACACAACAAACGCCAGAAAUCAGGUCUCACAACAACAAAGCCAGAAAUCAGUCACCAAACAAAAGCCACAGAUUUAGUCACAAACAAAGCCAGAAGUCAGUCAGCAAACAAAGGCAGAAAUCAGUCAAUAAGAAAGGGAGAAAGCUCUAGAAGUGCCAGGAGAGUUCAGGCACAAGAGCAGAAAUCAUCACAAAACAAGCCAAGAAAUCAAGUCACAAACAAAGCAGAAAUCAGUCACAAACAAAGCCAAGAAAUCAGUCCACAAACACAUAAGCCGACGAAAAGCUCGAAUCAAGUCACAACAAAGCCAGAAAUACAGUCAACACAAGCAGACAAAUACAGUCAGAAACAGAGAAAGUCAGUCGCACAAACGAAAGCACACGCAAAUCAGUCGACAAACAAAGCCGAGAAAUCAGUCAUACAAACAAAAAGCCAGAAAUCAGUCACAACAAAAGCAGAAUCAGUCACAAACAAAGCCAGAAAUAUAUUAACAAGCCAAGAAAUCAGUCAACAACUAACAGCCAGAAAUCAGUCACAAACAAAACAGAAAUCUCAGUCACACCACAAGACCGAAAUUCAGUCACAAACAAUAAUCGUACAGAUAACAAAGCCAGAAAUCAGCCCACAAAGUCAGAAAUCAGUCCACAAACCAAAGCCAGAAAUUCAGUCACAGAAAACACAAAAGCCAGGAAAGUCAGCUGUCAGAGAGAGCCAGGCAGUCACACAACAGAAGCCAGAAAAAUCAGAUCUCCAAACAAAAGCCAGAAAUCAAGUCCACAAUCAAAAACCAAUCCAGUCACAAAAAAGCGAAAUCAGUCCACAAACACAGCCACAAAUCAAGUCACAAAAAAGCCAGAAAUGCAAGAUCGCACAAACAAAGCCAGAAAUCAGUCACAAACAAAGCCAGAAAUCAGUCACAAACAAAGCCAGAGAAAUCACAGUCACAACAAGCCAGAAAUCUAGGAUGAAUCAAGCCCAGAAAUCACAGGUCACAAACAAGCCACCUGCUAUGACGGAAACACACGACCAAGAAAACCGACCGAAAUCAUAA